AUGGCGGUGUGGGGAAGUACCCCCAGUUUCAGCUGCGUACGCCGCACAUGUUUCAUUUACAUCUUUCUCUCCUGGUUUAUCGCAGUCAACCUAGCUGCUGCUGCUGCUCCUGAAACAACAUCAACCUCAUCCCCCGCGACAGCGACAAUAGCACCAGGAACAAACGGCUACAAAUACAUUGGUUGCUACAACGAGACUACCGCCCUCUCGGGAACGGGCAGCGGAACCAGGGCGCUGUACGGCGGCAUCAAUGAGGUGUUGCCGGGGGAGAUGACGGUGGAAAAGUGUUUGGGGUUUUGUAAGAGUGGGAUGAAAGAGGAGAAGGGUUAUCGGUUUGCUGGGUUGGAGUAUUCGAGAGAAUGUUGGUGCGCCACCCAGCUCUUCUCUCUCUCCUCCAAGGUCGCCAAUACCGAGUGCAACUUGGCUUGUGACGGGAACAAGAGCCAAAUCUGUGGAGGAGAUUUGAGGAUUAGUGUUUACGAUCUACAUGGUGUUGUUAACUCGGUCGCUGCUGAUGGUCAGUCAACUCCUCGGCUUGCGUUAAUGCUGGUGGUGUUGGUGGUUGGAGGAGGGGUGGUUGGUGGGCUGUUGUGA